GUUCAGCACUAUAUUCUGGUGGUACAGGCUCAAGACGCAGGUCAUCCAGCUCUAUCAAGCACCCUAACCGUGUAUUGCAACGUCCUAGAUCUCAAUGACAACGCUCCACUAUUUGAUCCGAUGUCCUACAGCAACGAAAUUUUCGAAAAUGUUACAAUUGGCACGUCUGUUGUGACAGUUAGCGCUACGGAUUUGGAUUCAGGAAAAAAUCGCGAAAUACUGUAUUCGAUUACAUCCGGUGACGAAAACGACGACUUCGAAAUUUUCCAAAAUGGUUCCAUACUAACAAAAAAUCAGCUUGACAGAGAAACGCAAGGGAUCUACAAUUUGGUGGUCACUGCUACAGACCAAGCCAUCGCACCAGAGAAAAGACUAUCUUCCACUGUGCAGGUUACAAUCAUCCUCAAAGACGUCAACGACAUGUCUCCCGAGUUUAUCACUCCCAACGAUACCACCGUAGCAGAAAAUAUCCCUGUCAACACCGUCGUCAUGGCUAUCAAAGCCAUCGACAAGGACGAAGGGAGAAACGGAUACAUCGAAUACUCCCUCUCCAACGACCCUGUAACCAACGGAGUAUUUUCUUUGGGACCGGUAGAUGGACUGCUCCGAGUUUCCGGAAAGAUAGACAGAGAGACGACGAGCAACUACACUUUGCUGGUAACCGGAAGGGACAGAGGCGAUCCACCCAGAUUGACGAAUACAAAAAUUUUUGUGCGAGUCCUAGACGAGAAUGACAACAGUCCGGUAUUCGAUCCAAAGCAGUACAGCGCUUCUGUUUCGGAAAACGCCUCUAUUGGCGCCAGCGUCUUGCAGGUUUCGGCCACAGACAUUGAUGAUGGCCUCAACGGACGUGUGCGCUAUUCGAUCAGCUCCGGAGACACCAACAGAGACUUUAGCAUCGCGGAAGAUACCGGCGUAGUUCGCGUGGCUAAAAAUCUCAACUACGAGAGGAAAUCUCGCUACGAGCUCAUCGUCAGAGCUGAGGACUGCGCCGGUGAUAUCAGCGGAGCUGCCGUGAGAGCCGAUACUGCCAAAAUCUCCAUAGCCGUUUCGGACAUCAACGACAAUCCCCCAACGUUCUUGGAUUCGCCUUAUUUGGCUUACGUCAUGGAGAAUAUCGUUCCGCCCAACGGAGGUUAUGUCAUCACUGUACAAGCGUAUGAUGCCGAUACUGCGCCUUUCAAUAACCUGGUCAGGUACUUCAUUAAGGAAGGGGAUACAGAUAUUUUCAGAAUAAACGCUUCCACGGGUGCUAUUUCGUUGUUGAGAGCCUUGGACAGAGAAAUCCAAGACGAAUAUAUUCUGAGCCUAGUUGCAAUGGACACUGGCUCACCCCCUCUAACAGGCACCGGAACAGUACGAAUCGUGGUCCAAGACGUGAACGAUCAUAGUCCGGAAUUCAAGCGACAAGCCUAUAUCGCCACCAUCAAAGAAAACCUCCCCGCCGGAACAUGGGUCAUAACUCCGAUAGCCACCGACAAAGACAUCGGACUUAACGGAAAAAUCAGAUACAGCCUCCUUGGCGACAAGGUCGAGCGAUUCAAGGUGGACCAGAACACCGGAGUGAUAACCACAACAAUAUCCCUCGACAGAGAAGAGCUCAGCUCGUACUCACUCACGCUUAUGGCGCAGGACUGUUCAACCACCGAACCCAGAGCCGCUGCUGUGAAUCUUACGAUCAACGUGGCAGACGAGAAUGACAACUCGCCAAUGUUCGAGUCCAGCAAGAACGAAGUGUACAUCUCCGACCACACUAAAGCUAAUCAAUUCGUUUUCGGAGCUAGAGCCACCGACGAAGAUGUCGGUGCCAACUCCAAAAUUGCCUACCAGCUCGCCGGGGAACACGCUAGAAACUUCACCAUCAACGGGAAGACUGGUGUCAUUAAAGCCGUGUACGACUUGCAGAGAUCAUCUCGUAGCGUCUUCAAUCUGGAAAUAGAAGCAGUGGAUGGUGGAAAGACACCGAGAAAAGCUAGCAUGGAGCUAAAAGUGUUCCUGAAACCCGAUCAUCUCUUUCCUCGUCUCGCAACUCCCAUGAAGACCAGAUUUGUCGUUCCCGAAAGCACGCCGAAAAUGAUGAUCGCUAGAUUCCGUGCCACGUCUCCAAAGAAAGGUCCUGCGGGAGAGGUGCGAUACGCCAUUGCGGGUGGCAACAUUGGCGGAGCCUUAGAAAUCGACAGAAACACAGGUGAACUUCAAGUCGCAGGAGAAGGCCUGGACUACGAAGUCUCUCCGCAGUAUGAAGUAUGGAUAGAAGCCCAAGACUCUGACGAACCAUCUCUUCGAAGCGUCCUUCAGCUGACUAUUGAUGUCACAGAUUCCAACGACAAUGCACCGGUGAUGAACAGCCUCCUUUACAACGCUUCGGUUAUGGAAGAAGAAGCCCCGCCUUUGCUGGUGGUAAAAGUAUCCGCCACAGAUGCAGACUCAGGAGAAUUCGGACAAAUCACUUAUAAGCUGCUUGAUGACUUUGAAUCCACUUUCGAAAUUGAUCAGGACAGUGGGGAGAUUUACACCAACGGCCGCUUGGAUCGAGAAGACGUUGCUAGCUACGAAUUGACGGUUGAAGCAAGCGACAGAGGAGUACCACCUCUGACAGGCACCGCCACUGUGAUCGUUACCGUGCUCGAUAAAAACGAUAACCCUCCAAGGUUCACCCGUUUAUUCAGCGUGAAUGUCACCGAGAACGCGGAGAUCGGCUCCUUCGUCAUUAGAGUCACCAGCUCCGACCAAGACAUUGGAGAGAAUGCCAAUGCCACUUAUAGCUUCACGGAAAACCCAGGCGAUAAGUUCAAAAUUGAUCCAAUCAGCGGUAACGUCACCGUAACAGGCCAUCUGGACCGCGAACAACAAGACGAGUACGUCCUCAAAGUAGCAGCAGUCGACGGCGCCUGGCGAUCAGAAACGCCCCUUACCAUCACCAUCCAAGACCAGAACGACAACGCUCCUGAGUUCGAGCACUCUUACUACAGCUUCAAUUUUCCAGAACUUCAGAGAGACAUCGUGUCUGUUGGACAAGUCACAGCAACCGACAGGGACAAGCAGGGUCCCAACUCUGUUAUCAGUUAUUCCUUGCAGCAACCAUCAGACCUUUUCACCGUUGACCCUGCCUCAGGAGAAAUCUUCAGCAAACGCAGCCUCAGGUACAAGUACACGCCGAUGGAGUCAUCUCCUGAAAACAUCCACUCUCUCACCAUCUUGGCAACGGAUAACGGCAAACCUCCGAUGUCUUCCGAAUGCUUAGUCACCAUUAACGUAGUGGACGCCAACAAUAACGCCCCGACAUUUGAACAGCAAGAGUACUUGUCGCCAGUACCAGAAGACGCGGUGCAAGGACAGCAUCUCUUGAAAGUCGUGGCCAAAGAUGAGCUGGACGUUGGGGUGAACGCUGAAAUAGAGUACUCUAUCACUGGUGGCAAUGGCUCAAAUAAUUUCCUGGUAGACGACACCAGCGGCUGGAUCACCGUCAAAGAGAAAGUUCAUGGCGUGGGAACGGUCUAUAAUCUCCAAGUUAAAGCUACGGAUAAGGGAAUCCCUCCACAGCAGAGUGAAACGGCCGUUACAUUGAUUGUUACAGGAGAAAAUAUCUUUAGUCCCGUGUUCACGGCUCUGAGUUAUCAAGCUUUCGUUCCAGAGAAUAAACCGUUAGGAUCAUCUAUUUUGACAGUGAGUGCGUCUGACAACGACCAAGGACCCAACGGAAUGAUUCGGUAUAAAAUAUCCGCUGGAAAUGAACGCCAGAAAUUCUCACUCGAUCCAGUUUCGGGCGCUGUGAUCAUCCUCCAACCGCUGGAUUACGACACAAUCCAGGAGUACCGGCUGAACAUAACAGCUGAAGAUCUAGGCUUCAAGCCAAAACGUACAACUGCUAGUCUCACCAUAAAUGUGACAGACAUCAACGACAAUUCGCCAAUCUUCAAUCAGUCUGCUUACGACGCCUAUUUAUCGGAAAAUCUUCCGCCGAAUAGUUUUGUUUAUCAAGUGGCAGCUACAGAUUUAGAUUCCCCCAAGAACGCUAUAAUAGAGUAUUCGAUAACGGAUGGGCCUGACAAAGAUGUAUUCAAGAUUGGAUCCAAAUCAGGAAGGAUAACCUCCAAAAUCAGCUUUGACUAUGAAGAAGAGGUUCUUUACACGCUUAAAGUAGUUGCGGCUAAUCCUGAUUCCACCAUGUCAGGUUCUGCUAUAGUGCGCGUUCACAUCACUGGUGUCAACGAGUUCUACCCCAGAUUUAUCCAGUCCGUUUUCCACUUCGACGUAUCAGAAUCGACGGAAGUCGGGACCAAAAUCGGUACAAUACAGGCCACAGAUCAAGACUCUGGAGACGAUGGUAAAAUUUAUUAUCUCUUCGUGGGAUCCAGCAACGAUAAAGGUUUCAGCAUUAAUACAGAGACCGGAAUUAUUAGUGUGUCCAGGAAUUUGGACAGAGAGACGCAAAGCCGUAUAGUACUCACUGUGAUGGCAAAAAAUGCUGGUGGUAUACGAGGAAACGACACAGAUGAAGCCCAGGUGAUAAUAACAGUUCAAGAUGGUAACGACCCACCGGAGUUCCUGCAGAGCCUUUACGAAGCAGAAGUUUCCGAAGGUGCAGUGGUGGGGUCUAAGAUUGCGGCUGUCAAAGCUGUAGACAAAGAUGUGCGAUCGCAGAACAACCAAUUUAGCUAUUCAAUAAUUGGAGGCAACGUGGAGCAGGCUUUCAAGAUAGAUCCUCAGACGGGUGAAAUCCAGACUUCUAGAAAUUUGGAUAGAGAAACAACGCCAAUGUACUCCCUAGUCGUCGGAGCCAUAGAUACAGGAAUCCCACCUCAAACUGGAACAACCCUGGUAAAAAUUCAAAUAAACGACAUCAAUGACAAUGGUCCUGUAUUUGAUCCACCCCAAGUCGUGGGACAGGUCAUGGAAAACAAGCCACCAAACACAAAGGUCAUGGUGCUGUCCGCAAAGGAUCCAGACUUGCCUCCGAAUGGAGCUCCAUUCACUUACAAACUCGUCGGUGGUAAGCACAAAGACUAUGUCAGAGUGGACAAGCACACUGGUGCCGUAGUGACCACCAAAGUCAUUGAUAGGGAGCUCACCCCCGAACUCAAUAUCAUCGUAGAGGUUGAGGACAGCGGUUUCCCGAAAAUGAAGUCCCAGCACAACAUAAGGAUAGAAAUUCAGGACGAAAAUGACAGUCCCUCAAGUUCUAGGUCUGUGCAUGUCCUAGUAUACGCUUUCAACGACACCUAUCCGCUGGGGAAGAUCGCCAACGUGCACCCCAAUGAUCCAGAUUUGAUAGGAGACUACAGGUGCAAGAUUCUCCAGAAACCUAGCAUCUCCGGUGUAUUGUCCAUCCCCGCUGGUUGCAAUCUUCAUACUUCAAGGAUAACGCCAGGACUAGGAUACUCCCUGUCUGUUUCGGGGAACGAUGGACGACACUCCGACGUCGUGUCAACAGUAACUGUCGAGUUUGUUUCUUUCAACAAUGUAACCGUGGAUAACUCUGUGACGAUUAGGAUCGAGAAUCUAACCGCUGAGAACUUUCUCUGGCAAUACUACAGAGGCCUCUUGGACAUCAUCAAGAGCGCAUUGAUAGGUGAAGAAAGCCUUCUACUGUAUAGCCUGCACGAGAAUGAAGCUAGCUUAGAAAUCAACCUGGCGAUAAGAAGCGGCAGCGGAUAUAAAAGCAGGUUCCUAACGAUUGAGAAGAUACUGAAAAAACGCGAAGCUUUGGUGAACCUUUUUCAAAUCCCCGACAUCGAAAUCGGGUACACUCCUUGCAACGACAACACCUGCGAGAACGGUGGCAUCUGCUUCGAAACGAUGACGGUGAAGAAGACGACCGAAAUAACCGACAGUCAGAACAUAAUCUUCACAUCUCCUUUAGUUUUACAUGAAUAUACUUGCCAGUGCGCUGAUGGUUUUACAGGAUCUACCUGCAGUAAGAGGCAAGAUCCCUGCCUCCCGAACCCUUGCAAGUCUGGUGGACAGUGCAGGAGACAAGGUUUCAAUUUCCACUGUAUUUGUCCCUCUGGAAAAGACGGCAGACACUGCGAGAGCCAAAAGGAUGACGUCUGCUCCGAUAACCCAUGUCAAAAUGGUGGCUCCUGUCGCGAAAGUCCUGAUGGAUCCUCCUUCUUCUGCUUGUGUAGGUCGGGGUACAAGGGCAACCAGUGUGAAGUACUGGCCGAUUCUUGCAGACCAAACCCUUGUCUUCACGGAGGCCUCUGCGUCAGCUUGAAGCCCGGUUACAAGUGCAGCUGCACCGAUGGACGGUAUGGCAGACACUGUGAGAAGUCUACUUACGGAUUCCAAGAACUUUCCUACAUGAGUUUUCCAUCCUUAGACGCAGCUACCAACGACAUAUCUUUUAUAUUCGCUACCACCAAACCGGAUGCUCUCCUCGUAUAUAACUAUGGGCUACAAACAGGAGGCAGAAGCGACUUUGUUGCGGUGGAGCUCGUCCAAGGUAGGGCGUUGUUUUCCUUUGGAGGGACCAGAACGGCAAUAACUUCCGUUAGUGUUGGUGGCAAGAAGAACAACCUGGCGGAUGGGAACUGGUAUAAGAUAACAGCAACAAGAAAUGGUAGGGUUGUUUCACUGAGCGUUGCUAGUUGCGCCGAACAAGGAGAUGUAUGCGAAGAAUGUCGACCAGGAGAUAGCACAUGUUACGCUGAUGAAAUUGGACCUAGCGGAACACUAAACUUCAACAAUCAACCACUAUUGAUAGGAGGUUUGAUCAGCGCAGAUCCUGUUCUAGAACGACCUGGCCAAGUCCAUUCCGAUGAUUUGGUAGGCUGCGUCCAUAGUAUUUCCGUCAAUGGCCGUCAACUCAACCUCAGUCAACCCUUGGCCUCUGAAGGAAUAGAAAACAAAUGUAUUCGCCGAGAAUCCUGUUCCAAAGCGCAAAACGAACCCUGCCUUGGCUUCGGUAGCUGCUUGGAUCGUUGGAGCUCCAUCAGCUGCAACUGCGGAGGAAAUCUGAUAGCACCUGACUGCCAUUCUUCCCUGCAGCCAAUCAGCGUCAGCGGUGGAGGAUUUGUAGAAUUCGAAAUUUCCAAAAAGCACAGAAGGAUGCAGCUACUGGAGAAUAUUUACAAAGGAUCCACGCUGUGGGGCCAUCAGAGAAAGGCAAGGUCCAACAUUCUAGCCCCUGUAGCAAUUUCACCAGAUAAGAGCAUGAGCAUAGUGUUCCGGACCGUCCAACAGAAUGGGCUCAUUCUCUACGCAACAAGUAACAAGUACUACACCUCCAUAGAAUUGAUCAAUGGCCAGAUUUUCUAUAUCAGUAAGCUCUCCACUGUCGUCAAUAUGACCGACUCUCACAAAAUGGUGACUGACGGAUUGUGGCACAAUUUAACCCUGGUUUCACGCGGAAGAGGUAUUAAACUGCUCCUAAACGGUGAGAAGUUUGGAGACGAGCUCGACUCAGCGGGGGUGCAUGACUUCUUGGACCCCUACCUCACCUACCUCAGCAUCGGCGGCGUUUCUAAUAACAUGUAUCAUGUCAAGAAUGCUCCUCCCCAGCAUUUCGAAGGCUGCUUCGGCAACUUCACUAUCAAUAACGAAAUACAGCCCUUCAACGGCUCCGGCAGUAUCUUCCAAGAGGUGCACUUCCACGGAAGGAUCACCAGGGACUGUAAAGGACCUAUCGGGGUCGGAACGGCCACCGCGCCAGAUCCACUCAGCAUCGGAAUCACCCUAGUCAUCGUCUUUUUCGUGGUUUUGCUCGUUGCCAUACUAGUUUCUUUCGUAGCAUUUAGACUGAGGAAGCAAUACAAAGAAAAGGGCGGGGUUUCGAAUAAUGCAACAGGGAUUCACACUAAGCAGAACGGAAGCAGUACCAUGAUAGGAAGCAACGGAAUGGGAGUAGCUAACGAGAAUGUUUUAGGCAGGGUAAUGCACGGAAACGAUAACCCCAUGUCCUACCAUGCCGAUGGGGAUGUCAUCCGAGGUAUAGGAGGGCUACCUCUGGUGGGCCCGGAGCUGCUUUCGAAGAAGUAUAAGGAGCGGGAGAUCAUCCAAGGCGACAUGCCGAGGCCGCAGCGGCCGGACAUAAUCGAGCGUGAAAUUAUGGGGAAAGGCCCUCCAAUGCGCGAUGAGCACCAUCCUCCGAUGCCCCCGAAUUCCAAUCACAGCCACGAUCAUGUGCCGACGGACCUGAAUUCGGAAAUUCCCGAACACUACGACCUGGAGAACGCCAGCAGCAUAGCCCCUUCGGACAUAGACAUAGUGUACCAUUACAAAGGCUACCGCGAGACCGGGGGCCUGAAGAAGUACAAAGCAAAUCCCCCCGGUGUGGGAGGCUACCACCACAAGCACCCAGCGGCACAGGGUCAAGCGCAGCACAGGCACUCGCCACACCUGCCCACUGGAUACCCUCCUCGGGUUCCUCCUGUAACGUGUCAGAACUCGCGGCCGCACCAGAGCACCCCCUUGGCCCGGUUAAGCCCCAGCAGCGAGAUGAGUGCCCAGCAGCCGAGGAUACUUACACUGCACGACAUCAGCGGCAAGCCGCUGCAGACAGCACUUUUGGCAACGACUUCCAGCUCGGGGGGUGUCGGUAAAGACAACAGCGAGCGUAGCAUGAACAUGAAUAGCCCGGCGAUGUCGCAGCUCAGCGCGCAGCCCCAGGUGACGUCGGCAUCUCCCGGAGGAAUGGGGCUCACCGCCGAGGAGAUCGAAAGACUGAAUUCCCGCCCGCGAAAUUCUAGUUUAGUAUCAACGCUCGACGCCGUGUCGAGCUCCAGUGAAGCUCCUCAGCGUGGGGGGGGCAAUCACUUGAACCACUUGCGACACUCCCCCGUGCCAGAGACGCAUCACAGCAGCACCACGACCGACGAGAGCGGUAACGAUAGCUUCACCUGCUCGGAGAUCGAGUACGACAAUACCAGUUUGACGGGCGACAAAUAUAAACCUAGCGAGUCGGACCCGAGGAGGACAGACUCUAGUUCCGGGAACAAGGGGAAAAUCCCACCUCCAUCGUACGACGGGUUCGACUCUUCGUAUCGUGGUUCGAUGAGUACUUUGGUGGCGUCCGAUGACGAGUUGGGGGGACCGAUGUAUAGGCCUGGAACCGGUUCUCCACCAACGAAUGCGCUGGGAUGGGACUAUUUACUGAAUUGGGGGCCCAAUUUCGAGAGUCUGGCAGGUGUGUUUAAAGACAUUGCGGAGCUGCCUGAUUCUGUGAAUGGGCGAGUGCCCGCGUCAUUAAGACUUACGAACGCUCAGAAACCGUCUGAGGAGUAUGUAUAGUGCGGUACGAAAAGUAGACUCUUUUAUGCAAUUUGUUUUAUAUGUCUGCCCUUGUAUCAAGGCGUUUGUAAUUUUCUUGCCAUAAUUUGUGUAAUUUCAUCUGUAAAUUAUCGAAGCAUUGUUAUUAUAUACUGGUGGAAAUAUCUGAUAGUGCGUCUGUAUAAAAUAAUCCAAGAAACCUUCUUUAUCGAGCAUUUAUAGGUUUUGUAGUGUACAAAUUCGAGUCGAAACGAUUGGCUGUGAGAUAUUUCUAUCAGUUUCUAUACCUUGAAGACUUGUACAUAUUUUUUAUACUAAAGUCAGCCGUUGUAGAAAUUCGAAUAUUUAAUAAAUAAAAACUAACUGUAAAAUUU